UGUUGGGGUGGCAAUAGAAGUUCCUUGCCUAGGUUCUCCCACGAUCUGAAAAUUCCCAGAAUCCAUACACUGAUGGAUAACCCUUGUUCUUCUGGGAACUCGGCAAUCGUCAUGGAGUAUCCAGAGGUAAUCUCUCUCUCUCUCUCUCGGCACUGCCCUUAACCCUUUUCUUCUUCUUCUUCUUUUGUUUUUUUAGAAUUGGCAUACACAGAAUGAAAAACUCACACUUAGUGGAGACUUGAAGGGAGAUUUCGAAACUAGGAACAGAGGAAAAGGGAUUAGGGAAACCCUAACUCUUCUUGGUGAAAUCGAAACAAUAGCUUGAAGAGUGAUUUUGACAAAAAGGCACAGGAGAAGAGUGCAAUUGCUAAGGAUGUUACUGAAUUGAUAGGUAAAACACCACUUGUGUACCUCAACAAGGUCGUGGAUGGCUGUGUUGCUCGUGUUGCUGCAAAGCUAGAGAUGAUGGAACCCUGCUCUAGUGUAAAAGAUAGGAUCGGAUAUAGUAUGAUACAAGAUGCUGAGGACAAGGGCCUCAUUAAGCCUGGUGAGAGCGUCCUCAUUGAGCCAACCAGCGGUAAUACUGGCAUUAGUUUGGCGUUUAUGGCAGCAGCUAAGGGUUACAAGCUAAUCAUUACCAUGCCUGCUUCUAUGAGUAUGGAAAGGAGAAUCAUUCUCCUAGCUUUUGGAGCUGAGUUGGUUCUUACGGAUCCCAGUAAGGGCAUGAAAGGGGCUGUUCAAAAGGCAGAAGAGAUAAAAGCAAAGACCCCAAACGCCUAUAUUCUUCAGCAAUUUGAAAACCCUGCCAACCCGAAGAUUCAUUAUGAAACCACUGGACCAGAGAUCUGGACAUGCUCCGGUGGCAAAGUUGAUGCCCUAGUUUGUGGGAUAGGUACUGGAGGAACAGUUACAGGUGCAGGAAGGUACCUAAAAGAGCAAAACCCUGACCUUAAGUUGUAUGGCGUAGAACCAGUUGAAAGUGCAGUUUUAUCUGAAGGAAAGCCUGGCCCUCAUAAAAUCCAAGGAAUUGGUGCUGGUUUCAUCCCUGGAGUAUUGGAUGCCAACUUACUUCAUGAAGUUGUUCAAAUAUCAAGUGAGGAAGCUGUUGAAACUGCUAAGCUUCUUGCAUUGAAAGAAGGUUUGCUGGUAGGGAUAUCAUCUGGUGCUGCUGCUGCUGCAGCAAUUAAGAUAGCUAAGAGGCCAGAAAAUGCUGGAAAACUGAUUGUUGUUGUGUUCCCCAGCUUCGGAGAGCGUUAUUUGUCAUCCGUGCUGUGUGAUUCCCUGAAAAAGGAAGCAGAGGGUAUGAUUUUUGAGCCAUGAAGAUAUUGCCAUACUUUCAAAAGGUGCUAAUGUCUCUCCAUUUCUGUUUGAGUCUGAAUGUAGAAUUACCGAGAUCGUGGUUUUCAGUUUAGAACGCAGGUUGGAGAUUGGACUUUUGCUUAAUAAGUUUUGCAACUAAUAGUAGUAGUUUAGCCAUGCUUAGGUUUGCCGAAAGGUUAUUUGUCUGGACUUCGAUACAACUUUUAUUCGGAAAUGUAAGUUUUGAUGCAGAAUCUGCUGUGUCAUGUGUGUUUGUGUUUUCAAAGGCAAAUCCAUGAAAUGAAGACUGCUUUCUUUACUUC